AUGUCUGAAUCUGCAAAUGCGAAGCGUCGUUUGCGGCGUAUCCCUGACGAAUCCCGUAAACGGAACGCCCAAAGCUGUGAUCGUUGUCGAAAGAGGAGGUGCAAAUGUGUACCUGAUCCUUCGGGCGCAGGCUGUGUGAAUUGUCUUGAACAUAACGUCACUUGCUCGUAUACGGCGCCACGAAAGACGCGAUUCUACGGGAGUGUGGAUGAUUUGAGUGAUAGGUAUCGAUGUCUCGAAGCUAUUGUCAGAGGCGCUUUUCCGAAUGAGACUCUUGAUCAUGUUAGUGAUCUUGCAAAACUGGGUCAGAAGAUGGGGUAUAAGAUGCCUGAUAUCUCUGACCCAAACAGAACACACAUGAGAGUUGAAGACCUAGUGCAGAAUCCUCCAAGUAAAGAACAGACUCCAAGUACAGGCCCGGAUAUCAUCGCGGCGGAUUCGAGGGGUGACACAUCGCCGAGGAGUUCAAAGUCACAUAGUGAAGAGCCGCAAUCGUCGCUUGUGAAAGAUAACUCUGGCCAUGAGCACUAUAUCGGACCUUCAGGAACUCUCAACUUUUGGAAUCAGCUUCGGAAUCUGGUGGAAUCUAAUAACAGCCCUUAUCAAUCGCCCGGUCGUGAAGGAGCCACAAAGUUUACGCAGGAUAACACAAGUCGGCUUUUAGAAGCCGAUGACCAAGACGAAGAUGACCAGCCACCACGUACUACAACAACACCUCAAGAUGGAUCUUCACCUGGAACAAUCACCUCAGCUAUCGCCCGCGACUUUACCCGUCUUCCAACAGCAGAUAUGGAUGAAAUACUUGGUCAAUUUCCUCCUAACGAAGCCCUUGACUUGCUCAUUCAGUCAUACUUUAAGAACGUCCACGAUGACUUUCCUCUCUUUCACAGAGCUACCUUUGAAGAAGAAUACGAAAGUUUCAUCGUCGAAGCUCGCAGCAAUUCUCGACUUCCUUCGAGACCACUGCGAUUACCGGACUGGGGAUGGAUAGGCUGCCUUCAUAUGAUUGUGGUUUUUGGCUCUAUUGCUGAUAGGUCGAUACCCAAUGUUGAUCAUUCUGCUCUUCGAAGGAGAUCUAUUGCAGUCGCUAGAGGCUUACUCCCCCAGUUCAUCUCGAAGUGUUCACUUACGAAUGUUCGAGUUUUACUACUUCUUUCACUCUUUUUGCACAACAAUAAUGAAAGAAACGCUGCGUGGAACAUUGCCGGGACAGCUACUCGGAUCUCCUUCGCGCUUGGUCUUCAUCGCUCAGACAUGAGUGCCUCCUUCAGACCUCUAGAACGAGAAGUUCGUAAAUGGGUCUUUUGCACACUCUACUCCUUCGAGCAAUUCCUAGCUUCAAGUCUUGGUCGACCUAGUGGCCUUCAAGAACUCGACGUUGAAGUCGUCCCACCACGAGAGGGUUUUGUAGAAGGAGGCAUAGGAACAGAUGCAAGACUUGUAUCGUGGUCUGUAAAGCUUCAAGCUAUUCUCGCGCGAACAAGACUUUUACAUGUUGGCAUAAAUCGAGCUUCAGGACCGACGCUUGAUGAGAUAUUGAAUACGCUGAAUGGUUGGAAGCGGAAUAUUGGGAAAGCACCCGGUCUCGAUGUCUCAUGGAUGAAAAUGGAGGGGCCGGCCUUGGAAUCCAUUGAUAAUGAAGGGGCUGUUGAUAUGGAGGAACUCAAGGUAUCACUGGCGUGGAAAACAAGAGCUCAACUUCGCGCGGUGCUGCUUUUGCAUAUUCACUUUCAUUACAUCGCCAUCGUUGCCACACGUCCACUUCUUCUUCGCGACGUCGCAGCAGCACGGAAAGAAGAUGCACCGAAAACUGCGGUUCCUACACAUGCAGCUCUAUGCGUGAAGCAUGCAUGCCAACUGAGCUAUCUGAUGAUACUCCUAGAUCACUUUGAUGUUAUCAACGGCCUUUCUGGUCUAGACAUCUUUUACGCUUACUGCUCUGCCAUGAUACUCAUCCUGCGGUUAUUACGAUUGCGCCCUGGCGAAGGUGCAGAGAGCAUCGGACCAGAUGAAGUAAUGCUGCAGAGCAAAGUCCGCCGUCUCGUCGCGACCUUACGAAACGUCAUCAACCACACGGAUAAAUGCGGCUCAAUGAAGCGACUGGCUCAAGUCGUUGAUACGUUCUCGGAGUGCGCCAAUAAUCCAACUGAUCCUCCGGGUAUAGCGAAUUUACCCCCGCAGGGGAUCAACAUGAACAAUCUGCCGUAUCCAGCUGGUUGGUCCGCUGAACAGGCGCAAGUGCAGCAGACUCAAGGGGUGGCACUUGGAUCGAUGGAGGGACUGUUGGACUUUUUGCCGUUUCCGGGGUAUGGGAUGGCUGAGGGAUCUUUGGCGCAGUAUGUGCCGGGGAGUGAGAUGGAGAUGACGGGGUGGCAUGAUAUGGAGUUUUUGAUGGAGGGGUAUGGGGAUCAGAGCAGGACGAAUUAUUAG